CGGUGCAGAGAGAGAGAGAGAGAGAGAGAGAGAGAGAGAGAGAGAGAGAGAGAGAGAGAGAGAGAGAGUUGCUAUUACUUGUGACAGAAAACGGCAGCGAGCACAUACAGUCUGGAGAGCGGUUGAUGCGACAAGAUGCUGAGCGUCGCCUUGCUGUGUGUGUGCGCCGUCGCCUUUGGACACGUCUCCGCUCGCUCAGACAGCGGCAAUUUUUUGGAUGAUAAGUGGCUCUCGGGAAGAUGGGAUAAAUUCAGAGAUGAGCCUGGAACAUGGACUCCAUCCAAGCCCUUCGAUCAAGCCCUUGAUCCAGCCAAAGACCCCUGUCUCAAGAUCAAAUGCAGCCGCCACAAAGUGUGUGUGGCUGAGGACUUCAAGACUGCCACCUGUGUCAGCCAGAGGAGAGUUAGUUUCAAAGAUGCCAGUUUGUACCAGAGUCCAGGAUCAAAGUGCAAACCCUGCCCUGUGGUUCACCCCUCUCCUGUUUGUGGCACAGAUGGACACAGCUACUCCACCAAAUGUAAGUUGGACUACCAGGCGUGCAUCACAGGAAAGAAGAUCGCUGUGAAGUGUCCUGGCAUGUGUCCUUGCCCCGCCCAGCCUGAACCGAGCUCUGCAGAGAAAAAAGUGUGCAGUGAGUCUGACCUGAAGGAGGUGGUGAGUCGUCUGAGAGACUGGUUCAGAGUGCUGCACGAGAACGGCAACCACAAGAGAGUCAAGAUCCAGAAGCCAGAGAAGAACAAGUUUGAGAUCGGGGUCGUGGCAUCACCUAUCUGCAAGGACCCUCUGGGCUGGAUGUUCUCCCGGCUGGACACAAACUUUGACCUCCAGCUGGACCAAUCAGAGAUCAAGAGCCUCUACCUGGACAGGAAUGAGCCAUGCUCUGACGCAUUUUUCACAUCGUGUGAUACACACGCUGACAAAGUCAUAUCCAGUUCUGAGUGGUGCACGUGCUUCCAGAGGUACACAGACUCCCCCUGUAAAGCAGAGCUGUCUGGUAUCAACAGAAAGCAAGCAGGAAAAAAACUGCUUGGUCAGUAUCUGCCUUCCUGUGAUGAGGAGGGUUACUACAGGUCCCAUCAGUGUCACAGCAGCAGUGGCCAGUGCUGGUGUGUGGAUCGCUAUGGCAACGAGGUGGCUAGUUCACGCACCCAUGGCCCUGCAAACUGUGGUGUCAUUUUAGAGUCCUCGGGAGACCUGGGCAGUGGGGACUCACUGUUCACUGAUGAUGACGAAGAUUCAUUUGUCCUCAACGACCAGGCCGGAAUGGACGACGAGGACGAUGAAGAUGAGGAAGAUGAUGAUGACACUGACGAAUAUCUGUCGUAAUUUUGCAAAAGAAAACAAAAAAGAAAAAAAAAGAGAAAACUGUUUGUUUGGUCAAACUGCACGUUUCUAGGUGACUCCCCAGGCAGAUACUUAAUCGUACUAACAGCCUAUGGACUACUCUCUGUGUAUUGUUUGUUCAUUAGUAAAAGAAAAAUAUUCCCGGCAAAUGUUUAUGAUUUCUCUUCCUCUUUAAGUAUAAAAUAUGAUUGGUUAAUGGCACUUGUUCACUUGUGUGUUAGCCAACCAGAGAGCUUAUAAGGACUUAUCAAAAGCCAAUCCAGUGCUUUGGAUUUGGUCAUAUGUUCAAAGAUCUCUCCCCUCAUUGGACAGUCCGUGUUUUUUAGUGUCACCUGUCCUUGUGCAGCACUCUGACGCCUUAGGGUGUUGAUGCCUGAGGCGCAAUGUUUAAAGAGAUUUCCCCUUCAUCAUUCCUCCAUCCUCUUCCUCCCCUCCCCAAUCCCCACUCUUUUUUUUUUGUUGCUCCUUAUCAAUUGUUCCUGUGUAUAGGUGGGAUGUUGAUGAUGUAGAUAAGAGAAUAUUGCACUCUUUAGGUUUCUUUUCAUCUUGUUUUUUUAACUGUGACUGUGUGGAAAAACAAGAAAAGAGUUAGACAUGCUUCAUUAGGAGAAUUACGGCAAAAAAAAAAAAAAAAGCAGCGUGGGUUUGGAUAACAAUCAGAAGCAGCAUACUUGCUGUUUUCACAGGGACACAAAUCAAGUUGAAUUAUCUCAAAAGAUCAGUAACAAAGGAAACAAAUCACUCCUUGGCCGGUGGUGUUAGGGGAAAAUACCUAUUUUUUUAAUCCAUUGUUGGAUGAAUACAGAAGAUAAACCAGAUUUUGUUAUAGCAUGUCUAAUGCUGCGUGAUGUUGUUCCAGUCUGUGGAACCAGAGGCUAAACCUUUCUGGAACUCAACAUAUAACAAAGCUGUGGGGGUUGAAAUUUAAAUUCCCUUAAAGGUUUACAGAUUAAACUUCACAUUGUUUUAAUCUGCUUGAGCUGCAAAUCUGCGUGAUGGAAAUGUUUUCUGGGCUUCAUUGCGCCACAGAAAACUCUGUAACAGCCUACAUCACAACACCCACUCCGAAGAAAACAUGGAGUGGAUGCUUUACAAUUUAUAGAUAUGAGUCUCAGGCUUAGCAUGGAAUAAAUCUAGGGCUUAACAUGGAGUAAAUCUUUUGCACAGUGAUAAAACCACAGAGCCAUGCAGACCUGUUGAAAAUGUCUUGCAGGGGAUGAUGGGUAAGGUGUGCCUUUUAUUGGUAAGGAAAGAUGGCGGUAAUAGAGAAGCAUGCUAACUGGACUAGGCUUGUCUAUACACAGUGUAAGAGCGGCUAUAUUGUAAAGCUAACAUACCACAUGGGUUUGGUAUGACUUGUGUUUUUUUAGGUCUUGUGACAUAGGCCAUAUUUCAGAUCUUUGAUUUAUGACAUAGGAUAGCUAGAAUGUAGAGAAGCACAGAAAUACUUAACAGUUAAGGCAUAAAAACACUUAGAUUCUGCUGGAUUUGACAAAUGGUUUAUAUAUUAGUACACCGGCUAGAGGAAGCUUUGGUUUAGACAGCUUUAUAUAUAAAAAAUGAUCAUCUUACAGUGUUUUGCUUUACUUCAUUUGUACUUGAUCUGCUCUAUCUACUUAUAGUGUAUGUAUAUCUGUUAGAGUUGAAACUGAUCCCAGAUUUGUGUAUUCUUGCUGAGUCCUGUGACUGUUUAUGCAGACCUGGGAUUUGCUGAGCACCUGUGUUACUUUUUUAAUCAUAAAUCUGUCUUCGGGCUUCAUUGUUUCUGUCAAAUAUCAGUUGAAAUUCAAUGUUAAGACUUUCAAAGUGCCAUCUAAAUGUCCUGUAGAUUUUUUUGUUUGUAUUUUGCUCCCAUCAUUCCUUUUAACUUGGAGUUAAUUCACUUUUACGACAAACUACGACAAACAUUUCAGUCUUCAAGUGUGCUGUUUUCAUGAGUGUGAUGACAUGCAAAUCAUUUUGAUGACCUCAGACACUGUAGCCACUCCCAACCAAUCACACACUGUCAUCACAGCUCUGAUAGUGUUUAAAGGUUAUGAUAAAGAUGCAUUUUUUACAGUGUAUGUAUGAUUUGCUGAAAUAAAAGCUAUAUUGACCAAG